AUGUAUUCUUUAUUCACGUUGCCGUUACUAUUGGGUGGUUCCUUUGCAGCCAAUGCGAAUUAUUGUCCGCUUCUCGGGCCAGCCUUUCCUGCUCCCACAGAGAUCGGCACGGACCCAACAUUCCUGGCAGCAACAGAGAACCUUACCGCAACUUUCACUGAAGGUAUUCACUCUGGAGAGUACUCUGGUGACUCCAUAGCGAUACAAAUAUUUAGCGGCAAUGAUGCGUAUUCGGCAUAUACUCUCUCCCAUACUGACUCUUCAAUACGAAAUGGAUCAAUCGGAGUUCAAGAAGUUGAUGAAGAUACCGUGUUUCGCAUUGGUAGCAUCUCCAAAUUAUGGACGAUGUUGCUAUAUAUGACUUUCAAUGGCACAAGAUAUUUUGAGGAACCCAUUUCAAAAUAUGUACCUGAGUUACGAUCUCGGUUGAAUCAGACACAACGGAACAUCCAAAUCAACAAGGUGAAUUGGGAUGAAGUGACAAUUGGUGAACUUGCGAGUCAUCAAGCCGGUAUUCCAAGAGAUUAUGCGUUUAUGGAUCUAGCCUUCAACGCCAACCCAGUUCUUACUGCAGAAGGGCUCCCUAUGUUGAACAAGACGGAACACCCUGCCUGUGGCAGCACAUCUCCUUGCAACAGAAAACAAUUUUUUGACGGCUUGCUGGAUCUGCACCCUCUGGCCCCGACCUCUUCCACGCCAAUCUACUCAAAUGCUGGUUACCAGAUUCUAGGAUACGCCCUCGAGACCAUCGCUCAAAAGCCUUAUCAUGAAUUACUUAUGGAAAGAAUUAUCAAACCCCUCAAUUUGACCAGAUCCAGCUAUGAUAUCCCACAUCCACAUGUCGCCAUUGUCCCAUCUACCUUGGCAACAAGCGGAUUUAAUUUAUCAAUCGGCGAUGCCGGCCCUGCCGGUGGUUUAUACUCUUCUGCAAAGGAUCUGGCUACCCUUGGCCGCGCUAUCCUGGCCCACACCUUGGUAGACCCUGCUAUGACAAGACGUUGGAUGAAGCCAGCCACUCACACAGCAUCGCUGCAGUUUUCGGUCGGACACCCCUGGGAAAUUGUUUCCUUUGAUGAUCCUCGGCUUAUGGAUCUAUACACAAAAUCGGGAGAUAUUGGAGAAUACUCAGCCGUGAUUGCUCUAUCUCCCGAUCACAAUAUUGGAUUUACUGUUCUCACAGCCGGCCCAUCAAGCAGCAGUACCUCCCAGAUAAUUGCAGAGAAAAUAGCGGAUAAAAUGCUUCCUACUUUUGAGAAAAUUGCGGAGAACCAAGCCAGACAGCGGUUUGCCGGGACAUACGCUCUUAAAGACGGGGUCUCCAACUCAUCAAUUAGCAUCGUUGCAGAUAAUGGCCCUGGGCUGAAGAUUACUGAAUGGAUCAGCAAUUCAGUUGACAUGUCUCAAGUCUUUGUGAAGAACCUUCAGCUCACCGAUUCAUCACUCUUAAGUAUGAGGCUCCAACCAACCAGCUUAGAAGGCCCGAAUCGGGCCUCGUUCUCAGCUGUAAUCCAAGGCCUGAAUGCCAAGAAAGGCAGAGGAGCUAUUCUUUCGGCCUGCCAAACAUGGCUCACUAUGGAUUCUUUUAUUUACGGAAAUGUUGGAAUGCCAGAAUUUGAAUUCAAUAUGAAUGGAGCUGGUGAGGUGGAGGGUCUGACACCUCGAGCGUUACGGUUUACGCUGCCGAAAGUAUAG